AUGGUCAAGCUUCCUUCUUUAGCCGUAUCGCUAUUGUGCAUCUGUAAAAUGGCUAUUGCAACAGGACGGACGUCAUAUGCUGUAUGGGCAGCGGAUUCUGCAAUUGCUCGACGUCAAGGGAACGGUCUUGAUGCAAAUGAAAAUCCAAUCGUAUCCUACGAGCAUGGAGAAUUUCAAUGGGGACUACGCCAAUUGUAUGAAAGGACAGGGAAUACCACGUAUUUCGAUUACAUCAAACAAGGCAUCGACAACAUUGUGUUCAGCAAUGGUACCGUUCAUGGAAGCUAUGUACUAACAGAUUAUGUGUUGGAUCCUCUAAGAACCGGACCCACAAUGAUUUAUCUGCAUGGAUUGACUCAGAACAAGACCUCUAAAUACAAAAUUGCCGCUGACACUUUUCGUAGUCAACUUGAUUCCCAUCCUCGUACUACACAAGGACAAUUUUGGCACAAGCUCAAGUACCCAAACCAAGGGUGGUUAGAUGGGAUUUACAUGGGUGAAAUUUUCUACGCUAGUUACACUUCGACUUUCCAACUCUCAAAUGAUACGGCCUGGGACGACAUUACCAACCAGUUUGUUCUCAUGUUCCAAAACACUAUUCAGAAUGCCACAGCCCCAAAUAAUACCGGCUUGAUGUACCAUGGGUACGAUCACUCUGGUGUUGCCCCUUGGGCGUCUGCCGACCGUGGCCACUCCCCAGAGGUUUGGGAUCGUGCUUUAGGCUGGUACUCAAUGGCACUCGUCGACAUACUUGAUAUCAUGCCACAGUCGCACCCAGGAUACAGUAGAAUCCUCUCCAUCCUUCAGCUACUCGUUCCACGCAUUCAAAAAGCUGCUGAUCCAACCAGUGGAGCAUGGUGGCUCGUCAUGACACAGCCUGGAAGGACCAAAAACUACUUUGAGAGUAGUGGUACAGCGAUGUUUGUAUAUGCAUUACUCAAGGCAGUGAGACUAGGUCAUGUUUAUGACGAAGAUGGGAGCAUCUUGCUUUCCGCUCGAAAGGCCUAUGAGUACAUGGUCAACAAUUGGGUGGUAGUAAAUCCAGACGGCACAAUGAACUGGCUGAAUACUGUGAUUGUCGGAAGUCUGGACACGACUGGAGACUUCGAUUACUAUGUCAGUCAGGUCACUGAUGUCAACGAUUUGAAAGGGGUCGCCGCAUUCCUUCUUGCCAGUUUAGAAUUUGAAAGGCUUCCUAUUUCGCUAUAA